AGAUCCAGAAGAGUCAUGGCUGCUGUGUUCGCUGUCCUUCUGUUGGGGCUGCUGGCCCCCGCCACCGCCGCCGCUGACCCCGCCGCCGCCGCCCCGCCCGCCCCCAGCUGUGAUGAUGUCAUCACCCCGCUCCGCAGGGACCAAGCAGACAAGGCGUCGGGCUCCUGGGUUCUGGUGGGUUUCAUCACAGAUAAGAGGGCUCUGCUGCUUCAUCCCUCCAGCUCCUUCCUGGAGCUCUCGCUGUCGGAGGACAACAGCUCCUUCACCUACAUCGAGAGGAUCAGAUUUGGCAAUGAGCCAUGUUACUGGCUCCGCAUCAUGGGCAACAUUAUGGACGACGCCAACCUCACUCUGAGGUUCAACAGUAUGGUGCUUGAGCUUGGCAGCGGGGAGAGCACCCCUUGGGAGGUCCUUGGACAGAUCACUCUGUUCCAGAGCUGUCCGUCCUGCCCUGAGGACCAGCUCACCUUCGACUACAGUGCCGUGUACGACCCCGCAGACAGCCACUCCACCGAAUUCCGGUUCAUAAAGAACUACAGGAGGGAGGGGGAGCAUCAGGACCUGGAGGCUCUGAAGGAGGUUCCUCUGAGCACCAGACAGCAGGCCGCGUGCCUCAACAUGACAGAAAUCACCGGGGAGUACACCUACGACGGAGUCUCAGAGCCGUGUCCCAGGAAGGUGCUGGUGCUGAAACCAGACGAAGAAACCGAGCACUGAAGAUCUAUUCUCUGCUCCGAAGUAUAUCAGAAAUAAAAUCUCUAAUCAAAGUGA